GUUGAGGUGGUAAGGGAAGGAGGAGCUCAGUUCAUCUCUAACCCCCACGGAGACAACACCACAGCCCCGACCCUCGCUACACAGACUCCAGCACCUCGCCUUGCCCUGCCUGGAGCCUCUCAGCCUACCUCUAUUAACCGGCACUAGAUAAGGAUGGUCGCGUCGGUGCGGGCGUGGGCGUGUCUAGCGGUGGUGAUGGUGGUGGUUGUGCCCCGUGUGUCCUGCCUUCCCCCGGCACUCAACAAACCCGCCCGGGACUCCCCCAGGGCGCUGUACCACUCCUACACCCCCCGCGACACCCCGCUGGCCAGCCUCGUGGAGACCUUCGCCCAAAACGACCUCGGGAAGGGCCACAUCUUUGACCUUGACCAGACUUUGACCUCCGACAUGAAGCCCUCCGUUCCCGAGCCGCCCAAGUUCAACAUCCACACUUUUACGUUCAACGAGAAGAACGUUCGUAAGCCCGGCGACAUCUUUAGCCUCCUUGCGGACGUGAAGGGCGGCGAAGAAGACGAAGGCGUGAAGAAGGUGACCACGAAGCAGAAACCUGAAGCCCAGAAGCCGAGUGACGAAGAGGAUGAAGUCACGAUCAAGGUCCCCGGAGUCGAAGUCGUGAACACCUUUGGGAAGAAGAUCCUGAUGGCCACACAGGACUUCCAGGACUUCAUGGGCGUCGUGCAGAGGAUGAAGAAGAAGGUGGAGGACAAGAUGAACACCACUGACAACAAGAACAGCAACAAAAAGAUCUCCCUGACCUCCCUGACCUCCCUCCCCUCGACCCUCACCGCCAACGUCUCCACCCUGGUGAGUCUCCUGCUCGACUCAAAGCAACUCGACGAGAUUCGAACCGCGGGACUGACUGCCCAGACCGAAGACGAGUUCCUGGACCACCUGACCUCCGUGCUGAUUGGCGGGGAGACGCGCGGCACCGCCCUGACCCUUGACCCCGUCACCAUCAUUGCCCUCCUCACGCUGGCCGCGUACCUGAUCCGCGCCGUGUACCAGGUGCUCGCCGUGACGGGACGCUCUCUGGAGGUGGCUGACCUGGCUGUGCCCCUCCACCUGACCGACGUGCCCGAGGCCAUGAUGCACAUACACAAGUGGAUCUCCUCCCCGGAUACCCUCGUGGUCAGGGAGAAGCGGUCUGUGAACACGCUGGUCGGCAACAUCCUGGACAUCCCCGGUAACCUAGCAGCGGUGAUCAAGCUCUACCGUGAGGGCCACCGAUCCUGCGUCCAGCCCUUCGUGUGCCAGCAGAUCGAGAGGCGCGCCUUCCCGGACGUCACCAUCACCGAUAUGCUCAUAUCCGCCCUCGGGUACUACUUCGGGGAAAGCAACUGGGCGGGCUUCAUCGACAACACAAUCUCCGGCCGCAGCGCAGAGUGUGACGUCCUGCCCGUGGGAUGCUCGCCAAGGACCCUCGACGACGCCCACUACCUCGAGUCCCUCUACACCACUGCCUCCUACAAGUUCUUCAAUCUCCUCGCCAUUCUCACCCACCUCUACUAAGUGCGACAUCGGCUGCAGUAUUCUCAGGCAUUUUGGGGUCUUGCACACACAGCCACGGUAGAGCUUAAGUAGAGGUUGUUGUGGGUGUUUCCUUGGGUAGUUUGAUGAGCCUAGUGAUGGUGUGACAAGGCUUCUGCGCUGGAAAUGGGUAAAAAAAACUCUCUUGAGAACCCGAUUAAUCUCUUUUUUGGCCUUUGCUUGUUGUGGGCGCCGAAUGCGUUUGAGAAUACGGAAGGAAAUCGCACAGACUAAACUAGAGUAAGAUAAUGUUGUUGACGAAGAGGUAAAGUUAUUUUCUGAUUAUUCUUAUUGUUAUUUAUGGUUUGUCGUAAAAAAUGGAUCGCUCAAUGUUUGAAUGUAUUCCUUUUAUUUAAUUCAGUUUACUUUUACAUCUUUUUUUCGUGUUUCUUAUAGCAGUUUUAUUUUUCACUUUCUAUUAAUGAGUUUUGACGUUUAUUGUUAUUAUUGUCGCUUGUGUUGUUGUUGUUGUUGUUGUUCGUCAUGGUUGUUAUGUGACUGUUGCUCCCGUUACACACGACCGCACAUCCAAUCCGUCUGUUAUUUCUAUCUGUUAUUUCUGUUGUUUAAUUUUGCUCAUUAAUGUUUAUAGAAAGUCUGGUGCAUCGGCCUCACCUCAUCACACACCUUCGUUAUCUGUUGUUAUUUCUUUUUGGUAUGUUAUCUGUUUCCUUUAUUCUGUUAUUUUUUUUAUCUUCCUCUCUUUUGUAGUAAAUCUAGCACGUCUUACUCUGUCUAUCACAUCUUGAGUUUGUUUUGUUCAUCUUCAUUUCUCUUACUAAUUUCCAAAGUUUUCUCUUGUCACUGCAAACUUUCCAUUCUUCCACCAUAACGCCAAAGGAAAGGAGGACUAUUGUAACUUCCCUCAACUUGGUCAUCUCGUCAGUGCCUCCCUCACCUACUUUUCCUCACCCCCAUUCCGUCAAUUUUGUCUUCUUUCACUCGUCACUGCAUCGUUUCCAGACCUUCAUCAGAGCACAACGAGGAAGGAAAACUAUUGUAACUUUCUUUGCUCCAGUUUGCUAGCUUUCAUUUUUUUUUGCCUACUUUUCCUCGCCUCCUUCCACCCGUCGGACAAGACAAUGAUUUAGUAUACCUUGAAAACACCUCAGACUUUGUUACUUUCUUCCUUGCCUACGUUUUCGUCAGAUUAAUUUAGUAUACCUUAAAAAAUUCGUCAGGUUUUGAUAAUUUCCUAGUGUCUUUUCCUUCAGUAACCUUCACCAACGCCCUUCGCAACCAUGACCAUCUUCCUUUACUGAAUAUCGAUAUGCAAUAAUUUUUUUUUUCAUUAUUUUGCCGUACAGUUUAAUUCAUUUGUUUUAUCUAUCAUCACAAUUUCCACCAAGAACUUCUACUACAGCAAUGACAACCUUUACUGAAUUUCGAUAAAGAUAAAUAGUCUUUUCGUUGAUCACCGCUGAAUUAUAAAGAAAAUCCACAUCCAAAUCAAACCAUCCAUCCACUUAGCUAGACUCCAUUUCUAUAUUUCUACAGCCUUAUAUAACUUUACACAGCUAUAAUGAUCGUGUUUUGGUGAAUUUCGGUCAAGACAAUCAAUCCACUCGAAAAAUUCCCACACAUCAUUCAAAAAUUCCCUCGGCAGAUCAAUCCAUUCAUACACUUUGCUAGUUUCCAACCCCUGACCCUAUAAACUUAAGUAACUUUCUAUUCACAUAAUUUUCACUUUUACAAUAGCUAGAUUCCAACCUCUUGACUCCUACAAUCUUAAGUAGCUUUCUAUUCACAUAAUUUUCAUUUUUACAAUAGCCAGAUUACAACCCCUGACUCCUACAAACUUAAGUAACUUUCUAUUCACAUAAUUUUCCCUUUUUCUAUGGCCAGGUUUCAACCCCUGACUCCUACAAACUAACAUCACUUUCCAAUCACUUUCUUUAUAUACUUUUACUGUCUUUUUCUUGUUCUGUCACCUGCCGCCAAUACGAGUACCUGUCCCUCUGCCAGCCAGCCCCCGUUACCUGUAUACACCUGUCUGUCUGUCUGUUCGUCCGUCUAAUUAUGAGUGUGUGUCUGUGUCUGUGUGUGUGUGUGUGUGUGCAGAGAUGCGUGAAGGGGCUGUUACGUUAGUAUUUCUGUGUUUGUUAUUGUAUUUGUUUGUUAUUUAUGUGUGUUUGUUAAGUCUGUUGUUAUUCUGUUAUUCUCUGUUUCUCCAUAUGUGUCUGUUAGUUAUGUAUGAGACUAUUUAUUUGUGUUUCUUUCUGUCUGUUCUGCUCCGUCUUUUAUCUGUUGCUCUAUUGAAUAUCUGAUUUUUUUGUUUUAUAUAUUUGGUAAUUAAUCUCUGCCUAUCUAUCUAUCUAUCCCUCUCUCUUUUCUUUAUCUUAUUUUUCUCUGUUUCUCUGCCUCUGUCUGUCUGUUACACUGUUCAACACGCCUAGUCUGUUAUAGGCGUGUUGAAGAGAAAUCUGUCUCAGUAGGCCUAUAUAUAGUGCUCUCAGAGACUGUUAUUUAUGGAUAAAGUUGUUACUUGUUAUUAAUAAAACAUGACGCAAAGAAAA